AGCAAAAAGGGUAGUUUUUGUCGGUUGAAUCAAAUCUAUUUUUCUCCAUCUCUCUCUGGAUCUAUAGCUGAUCUGCAUUGCGGCUUGUAGCUGGUAUUUUUUCCAUAGUUGUAAGCUAUGGUGACAAUCCGGAGUGGUUCGAUCGUGAUUCUGGUUCUGCUGGCUGUAUCAUUCCUGGCGUUGGUUGCAAAUGGAGAGGACAAAACGAUUAAAGUGAAGAAAGUGAGGGGAGAGAGGGUGUGCACACAGGGAUGGGAAUGCAGCUGGUGGUCUAAAUACUGCUGUAACCAGACGAUAUCAGAUUACUUUCAGGUUUAUCAGUUCGAGCAACUCUUUUCCAAAAGGAACACUCCCAUAGCUCACGCUGUUGGUUUCUGGGACUACCAGUCCUUCAUUACUGCUGCUGCCCUCUAUGAGCCUCUUGGUUUUGGUACCACUGGAGGGAAACUCCAGGGACAGAAAGAAAUGGCUGCCUUUCUCGGUCAUGUCGCCAGCAAAACGUCCUGUGGCUAUGGAGUCGCAACAGGAGGGCCUUUGGCUUGGGGUCUGUGCUAUAACAGGGAAAUGAGCCCAAUGCAAUCCUACUGUGACGAGUCCUGGAAAUUCAAGUACCCUUGCAGUCCUGGAGCUGAAUACUACGGACGUGGUGCCUUACCCAUUUACUGGAACUUCAACUACGGUGCAGCUGGGGAAGCCCUGAAAGCUGAUCUCUUGAACCACCCCGAGUACAUCGAGCAGAAUGCGACACUUGCAUUUCAAGCUGCAAUCUGGAGAUGGAUGACUCCAAUCAAGAAAUAUCAGCCCUCGGCUCACGACAUCUUUGUCGGAAACUGGAAACCUACAAAGAACGACACUUUGUCCAAGCGUGGCCCAACUUUCGGCAGCACCAUGAACGUCUUGUACGGAGAGUACACAUGUGGUCAAGGUUCCAUUGAUCCAAUGAACAACAUAAUCUCACACUACUUAUACUUCCUCGACCUCUUGGGUAUUGGAAGAGAAGACGCAGGGCCAAACGAGGAGCUGAGUUGCGCAGAACAGAAACCUUUCAACCCAUCAACUGUACCUUCCUCUUCCUCUUCGCACGGGGGAAGAAGGAAGAAGAUGACCGUAUCAAUCGUCUCUUUCCCCAUCUGCGCAAGAAUCACGCUGAUUUGGUUUCUCACUUCUCUUAUAUCCGUAUCUUCUAAUCCCGGAGUGUUCAAUGUUAAGUACCGUUAUCCAAGGCUUCAAGGGUCUUUAAGCGCCUUAAAGGAGCACGAUGACCGGCGUCAGCUCACAAUUCUCGCCGGAAUCGAUCUACCCCUUGGUGGAACUGGUCGUCCUGAUAUCCCCGGGCUUUAUUAUGCAAAAAUUGGAAUUGGAACACCUGCUAAGAGCUAUUAUGUUCAAGUCGACACAGGCAGUGAUAUUAUGUGGGUUAACUGCAUCCAGUGCAAACAAUGUCCUAGACGAAGCACUCUCGGUAUUGAGCUUACACUCUACAACAUUGACGAAUCAGACAGUGGAAAGUUGGUCUCUUGUGAUGAUGAUUUUUGCUACCAGAUUAGUGGUGGUCCUCUCUCGGGCUGCAAAGCUAAUAUGUCUUGUCCUUAUCUUGAGAUUUAUGGAGAUGGUAGCUCUACUGCUGGUUAUUUUGUCAAAGAUGUUGUGCAGUAUGACAGUGUUGCUGGUGAUCUCAAGACUCAGACAGCUAAUGGGAGUGUCAUAUUUGGGUGUGGUGCUAGGCAGUCAGGAGAUCUAGACUCUUCUAAUGAAGAAGCACUUGACGGAAUACUUGGAUUUGGGAAAGCUAAUUCCUCCAUGAUUUCCCAGCUGGCCUCAUCAGGGAGAGUGAAAAAGAUAUUUGCUCAUUGCUUAGAUGGAAGAAAUGGAGGUGGUAUAUUUGCUAUUGGGCGUGUUGUGCAACCAAAAGUAAACAUGACACCAUUGGUACCCAAUCAACCACAUUACAAUGUCAAUAUGACAGCAGUUCAAGUUGGUCAGGAGUUCCUAAAUAUCCCAGCGGAUUUAUUUCAGCCUGGAGAUAGAAAAGGAGCGAUAAUUGACAGUGGUACAACCUUGGCCUAUCUUCCAGAGAUAAUCUAUGAACCAUUGGUGAAGAAGAUAACCUCGCAGGAGCCUGCUCUGAAAGUUCACAUAGUGGAUAAAGAUUAUAAAUGCUUUCAGUACUCUGGAAGAGUUGAUGAGGGGUUUCCGAAUGUCACUUUCCAUUUCGAGAACUCGGUUUUCCUCAGGGUUUAUCCUCAUGACUAUUUGUUCCCUUAUGAAGGAAUGUGGUGCAUUGGUUGGCAAAAUAGCGCAAUGCAAUCCAGGGAUAGGAGAAACAUGACACUUUUGGGAGAUUUGGUGCUUUCAAACAAACUUGUUCUCUACGAUCUCGAAAAUCAGCUCAUUGGAUGGACUGAGUACAACUGCUCAUCAAGCAUAAAAGUAAAAGACGAAGGCACAGGAACAGUUCAUCUAGUAGGCUCACAUUUUAUCUCUUCUGCAUUACCUUUGGAUACCUGUCUGUUUCUACUUUCUGUACUUCUCCUCAUGACUAUGUUCCUCCUUUAGAGACUUCUUAUAGUUUAUCUUUUGUACAUAGAUUCAACAUUUUGCU